AUGGUCGGACACGCUGCCUCGGAUCGAAUACACGCUCCGGCGGCGGACCUCGUCCCGGAAGAUCCUGAAGAUUCUCCUCUCACAGAGGUAAUAGCUCCAGAACCGGUAGAGCGCGUCGCCUCCCAGCGUUCGCAAUGGGACGCUGCGCAUCGCUCGGUAGAAAAGGAGCAUGAAGACGCCACGAGGGGGCAUGAGGGACGCUCUCCUACGGCAGCCGUCACGUCCGCGGCAAGCGACGACGAUUAUGACCCGGCAUUGACAGAGACGACCGCGCCUCAGCCGGUCGCUCCAACCGCAUCUCAACGGCAACAAUGGUACUCGAGUCGCCCAGCCGAAGAUACAACACCCGUCGAGUCCGCGCCAGCUACCUCUGUCUCGAAACGGGCCACUCAUCUUUACACCAUUUCCUACCUCGUCUUCUUCUCCAUAUUUGGCACUCUUGCGCGUCUGGGACUCCAAGCCCUCACCUUCUAUUCCGGCGCCCCCGUGGUUACAGGAGUCAUUUGGGCCAACGUCACCGGCAGCUUUCUCAUGGGCUUUCUCAUCGAAGACAGAAAGCUAUUUCAACAAGAAUGGGGGAAUCCUCCCACGCCGCCAUCGCAACAUGCUGCCCCUCGAAAAUCAGAGACCGAGCACGACGCUGAGCAACGACUCAAAUCCCACAAGGCCGUGAAAAAGACCAUUCCCCUCUACAUCGGCUUGACGACUGGCUUCUGUGGCUGCUGUACCUCCUUUUCGAGUUUCCUGCGCGAUGUAUUCCUCGCGCUGGCCAACCAACUUCCGGACCCCUCGCUGCCGCCGGGCACAGGGAUUGCGCCGCGCAACGGCGGAUAUAGUGUCAUGGCUCUCUUGGCCGUGAUCAUCCUCAGCGUGUCCCUGAGCGUAUCGGCACUGAUUGUGGGUGCCCAUCUCGCAGUGGGGUUGGUGCGAGUGACACCCACCAUACCAUUCAAAUGGACCCGCCGCGUCGUCGACCGGCUCAUGGUCCCACUGGCUUGGGGAUGCUGGCUCGGCGCCGUGCUGCUGGCGAUCUGGCCGCCUGAUCGACAUGCGGCGGAUACCUGGCGGGGACGGGCGGUCUUUGCGGUGGUCUUUGCACCCGUGGGCUGUCUCAUUCGGUAUUAUGUGUCGAUGGCGUUGAACGGUCGGGUCCCGUGGUUCCCGUUGGGGACAUUUGCGGUGAACAUGCUCGGUGUGGCCGUGGAGGGGCUCUGCUACGAUCUGCAACAUGUGUCGGGACUUGGAGCCGGGGUCGGAGCAUGGACGGGCUGUCAAGUGUUACAGGGGUUGAUGGAUGGGUUCUGCGGGUGUUUGACCACCGUCAGUACAUGGGUGGCUGAAUUGAACGGUGUUACUCGACGUAGACAGGCAUAUUUCUAUGGGACGGUGAGUGUUGGUGUCGGCUUAGGAUUGAUGGUGGUGAUCAUGGGGAGUCUAUUGUGGACCAGAGGGUUUGAUGGACCGGUGUGUGGUUGA